AUGGAGCGGGGCAUGAGAGACCUGAAGCUGGAGCCGGGGCGGGACGAGAAGGUGGGGCGCGGCGGGCGCAAGAACCUGCGGUUCCGGGCGCAGGGCGAGGACAGCACCAUCUACGAGAAGUUCCGGAAGGUCGAGCGCAAGAACAACAAGGAGGACGUGGCGUUCAUCAUCAAGUGCCUGAACAAGCACUUCAUCUUCUACUCGCUGAUGGAGGACGUGCACGCCAUCGAGUACCUGAUCGACCACCUGUUCUACUGCGAGAUCAAGGCCGGCGACCUCAUCAUCAAGCAGGGCGACAACGCCUCCUCCUUCUUCAUCCUGCACACCGGCAAGAUCGAGGUCCUGGUCAACGGCGCCCCAAGAAGGAGUGCGGCCGGGCGACGGGCUGGCGAGCUGGCCCUGCUGUACAACGCCGAGCGGAGCGCCAGCUGCCGCGCCCUGGAGAACUGCUCGCUGUGGGGCAUCGACCGCACCACCUUCCGCAAGAUCGUCGAGGAGAUCAACACCAAGCUCUACAAGGAGAACCGCAAGUUCAUAAACGACGUGAAGUUCUUCGAGAACCUCUCGACCGGCGAGAAGGACGACAUCACCAACCUGCUGAUCAAGGAGCGGUUCGUGAAGGGGCAGCCGAUCGUCCACGAGGGCGACCCCGCCUCUUCCUUCUACAUCAUCAAGUCGGGCGAGGUCAAGAUCGUCAGCAAGGGCAAGGAGGUGGCCCGGCUGAAGGAGGGCGAGUACUUCGGGGAGAACGGGCUCAUGCAGGAGAACCAGGUGCGCAGCAUGAGCGUGGUGGCCGACCGCGAGACCAUCCUGCUCAGCCUCGGCCGGGACAGCGUCACCCGCGUGCUGGGCAGCAACAUCCAGGUCAUCAUCUUCCGCAACAAGAUCCGCAACAUCCUCGGCAAGGACUGCAUCUUCUUCGUGCUCGACGGGGAGGUGGCCCGCAACGGCGAGAAGCUGGACCACCGCAACAUCUUCUUCGGGGAGGAGUCGCUGGAGGCCUCGAAGGCCGGGCUGAAGUACGACUACAAGGUGGAGUUCCUGAAGCGGGGGCAGGUGGCGAGCAUCCCCUUCAAGAGCCUGAACGGGAUCGUGGGGGGCAGCUUCGAGGAGGCGGUGAGCAAGACGCAGAAGACGGAGAACCUGCAGGCGCAGCAGCAGAAGGAGGCGCAGCUGAAGCGGGAGGGGAUGGCGGACGCGCAGCUGUCGGACUUCGUGUGCCUGAAGAAGCUGGGGUUCGGGCAGUUCGGGUCGGUGUUCCUGGUGGCCUCGCGGAAGAACAAGGAGGUGUUCGCGCUGAAGUGCAUCAGCAAGGCGCAGAUCAUCGACAGCAAGCUGGAGAAGCACCUGGACCAGGAGCGGCAGGUGCUCGAGCAGGUCAACUUCCCCUUCAUCCUGCACUACGUCCGCUCCUUCAAGGACGAGUACAACAUCUACUUCCUCCUCGAGUUCAUCCGCGGCCUCGAGCUGUUCGACGUCAUCCGCGAAAUCGGGCUGCUGCACGUGGCCGACUCGCAGUUCUACAUCGCCUCCAUGCUGCUCUGCAUCGAGUACCUGCACGCCCACGGCAUCAUCUACCGCGACCUCAAGCCCGAAAACAUCCUGAUCGACGCCAAGGGCUACCUGCGCCUCAUCGACAUGGGCACCUGCAAGGUCAUGGCGCGCAAGGGCACGCCCAAGACCUACACCAUCAUCGGCACGCCCCACUACAUGGCCCCCGAGGUGCUCGCCGGCAAGGGGUACACCUUCUCGGUGGACCUGUGGUCGGUGGGGGUCUGCCUCUACGAGUUCAUCAGCGGCUACGUGCCCUACGGCGAGGAGGCCGAGGACCCCUACGAGAUCUACGACGACAUCAUGAAAAAGCCCCUGACCUUCCCCAACUACGUGAACGACAAGAAGGGCAAGACCUUCAUCGAGCAGCUGCUGAACAAGUUCCCCGAGGCGCGGUCGGGCGGGUCUCGCCGCCUCAAGGCCCACGCCUGGUUCGCAGGGUUCGACUGGGACGACCUCAUCGCCGAGAAGAUCAAGCCGCCCUUCAUCAUCCCCGAAAGUAAGCUCAUCAAGAUCGCCUCUGUCGAAGGCAUGCUCAAGACCGGCAAGUCCGUCAUCGACGAAAUCAAGGGCGACAGCGGCCUCAAGAAGCCUGGCCUCCGCAAGGACCUCGACCCCGCCUGGGACAAGGCCUAUUGA